UAAUGGAAGAAUUCAUUACUGAUUUUAUCUAAAUUGUACUUAAUACAAGUGAUUUCAUCGUUCGUUUAUGUAUUACGUAUUAACAUGUGCGCAAGAACAGAAGAUACGACGGAAAAAGAGUGACCUUUUAGUGACUAACGCCCAUUUCCCACUAUUUCUCACGGUAAAAGAGAGGAGGUGUUAUUAAUGGUGUAAAAACGUGUUUCGUAUUGUACCAACAAUGGAGUUUUUAAUAGAGAAGUACUUGUGUUUUGAGGAAAGGAUAUUACAGAGCUUGAAAAAUAAUGGCAUAAAACAUCGGACUAAAGCCAAUAGCGGAUUAUGGCUUGGAACGUUAGUAGGUUUAAGUUCAAUUUUAACUAUAUUGAAAGAAGAUUCCAGUUACUCCGAAAUUUGCCUCAUUGCAGCCCUUACAGGCGUUGGCCUUCUUAUUAGUUGUGCAUGUUUAUAUUUAAGAUUGUCAACAGAAAGAGUCGCAGUCAGAGACUUUCAAGUUAUAUAUUUUUUACCAGCUUUAAUAACGUCCAUGUUAUAUCUUCUGAUAGCAAAUAAAGGAUUAUUAGUGAGCGUGACAUGGGGCUUAAGCGUAGCAAGUUUAGGUACAUGGGGUGUCCUUCAAUUGAUGUCUAUAUUUCCUGGUUGUUUCACGAUCGGAGAAGCAACAUCUGUGAUACACGGUUGUAUCCUGUUUCUAAUGUCUGUAGUAACAAACUUGCCAUUACGAUAUCAUUUACCACCAAUUCAUAACGACGAUAUCGCUACGGUUUUACUACAGGUUGUAAUGUUAUAUGUAAUAUCAAUUUGCAUAAUAUCUGGAUACUUUCCAAUUUUUCGUUUAACUAGAAAUUUUUACAUAAUGAUAAUUAGUCUCCUGUUAAUUGUAUUUUUGCCAUUACUGUACAUCAUAUUGGAUCAAAAUCCUCUAGUAUGGUUGCUUUUAUUUAUUUUCGAUAAAGCAAGUAAGGUUGUUUUAAUCGGUUACUGGGCUAUAUGCUUGUUGCUAAGCGUAAUUGUUGUUGUAUACCAGAUAUUAUUAAAUUUCCAUGCAACAACUUCGACUAGAAAAAUCUUUCACUUAUUGGCUGUAUUAGUGUAUAUACCUGGUUUAAUUUAUGAACAAAUACUGCUCUAUCUUGCUAGUGGUAUAGUAAUGGGAUUGUUUGUAUUUCUUGAGCUAAUACGGUAUCUGAGAAUACCGCCUCUCGGAGGGGCAUUACAGCAAGGAUUUUCUGUAUUCGUAGAUGAGAAAGAUAAUUUGAUUUCUUUGACACCUUUAUAUUUACUUUCCGGUCUCUCUUUUCCACUUUGGAUGCCUACUAAUAACGUUCCAUUGGUAGCUUUGCUCAGUGGUGUCUUAACAGUUGGAGUAGGCGAUACUGCUGCUAGUUUUGUCGGUAGCAGGUGGGGUUCUCAUAAAUGGACAAGUACAAACAAAUCCAUCGAAGGAACAAUCGCUUGCAUUUUCAGCCAAGUUGGAUUAAUAUGUAUUUUAGCAUUUAUUGGUUACAUAGAUAGUGGUUGGUUACUUUUGAGAAGCAUAUUAUUUAGUGUUGCUCUGUCGUUUAUCGAAGCAUACACAAAUCAAGUUGACAAUUUAGCUUUACCUUUGUUGAUGUACGUGUGCUUAACUCUUUAGGCAUGUAAUAAGGAUAAGUGCUGAGAUGGACAAUAACAGUAGUAACUAUUUUUGAAAACGACUGAACUAUUAUGUUUUGUUUGUUCGGUGUAGAGUUGGACCAAAAGCAUAGUGCUUAUUUUAUCAAUUUACUUCUUUAUUCGCUUCCAUGCAUUUAGAAAAGUGCAUAUAUAUUUUCUGUUGUACAUAGUAUAUUUCUCCCAAAAAUUCACGUAUUGCAUUAACUUGUUCCAUUCUAAAUAAUAUUUAAAAUUUAGUUACUAGUCAAGAAUUUUUUAUCAAGUUCUUUGCAAUUUAUUCUUUUUUUUUUUCUUCGUUACUGUACAGUUUAAUAUUAUUUAAAGAUGUAUACAUAUACUUAAAAUUUUACUUUAUUAUUUAUGUUUCAAACAAAUAAGAGAGGACGUUACACGUACACGCAUACUAACAUAACGACCACCGUUGUUAUGACAUUUUUUAAAUAGUAUUUAUGUAAAAGUGUUCAUAUUUGUACAUAAAUAUGAGUAUCCGCGUAAGCUAAAAGUGUACAUUUGUUUAAAAAAACAGAGUUGUGUACGAAAGGAAUUUACGGUAAUUCAUACUUUUUUAUGUAAUUGUCUAAUUCGCUACUAUGUACAACUUGUGUAAAAAAGAUGACUCUGUGCCUAUAGUGUUACACUUACGUAAAAUUGGUACUUUGUAACGCAUACUUUACUCAUUCCUAUCAACGCAUUUUUAUAUUCCGCCCGAAUGAAUCUGUGAACGAAAUUUACUUUUAUUAAUAAAAUAUUUUUGUAACUGUGUA